UGUAGGUUUGGCGUUUGGAAAGAAAUCAAGUGUCAAGUCCCAGUCUAAUAAUUAAUCAAAAUUGUCAAUGUUUGUAUGUUAUUGACACGGUAGUUAGUUUUGAUCUAUAUUAUAGUUUGUAUAUUUAUUUUUACUGCCCUGUCGAGCGAAGACCUUGGGGCUCUACUUACCUGCAACUAAGUUGUAGCAUCAACGAUGGGUGGGGGAGGUCAGCGCGCUCCUAGUAGAUCGACGUGAUAGUGGCACUCUGGCACUCGGCUGUCGACAGUCGCGGGUGUACCAUGGAGCAGACGACGUCCCCGCCGCACCUGGACAUCACCGUCCUAGCUGAGGAGUUGGAGGCGGGAGCGGCGACUGUGCUGGAGGCGAUCAGACCCGCCUGGAGUGUGGACAAAGUCACUUACAAGUUGUUCACAGAUGGAAUCACGAACAAGUUAAUCGGUUGCUUCAACUCGGCAAACGGAUCUUCAGAUGUUGACAUCAUCCUCGUGAGAGUGUAUGGACCGAACACAGACCUUCUGAUCAACCGGAAAACCGAGCUGGAGAAUAUUAAGCUCCUACAAGGUGUUGGGUUUGCUCCGCCGCUGUUUGCAACGUUCAACAACGGCCUGGCCUACCAGUACAUACCAGGAGAGGUGUUGACUGUAGAGACGGUGAGAUCGCCUGAGAUAUAUCCUCACGUCGCGCGACGGCUUGCGCAGCUGCAUCGGCUGCGGCUCCACGAUUGCCAACACGAGCCCAUGCUAUGGCCGGCACUGGACAAGUUCAUUAAGCUCAUACCGCAACAGUAUAGCGAUCCGGACAAGCAAAAAAGGUUUGCGUCUCUUGUGGCAGGAGGUGUGCAGAGUUUGGCCGAGGAGUGCGAGUCACUCCGUAGCGCGCUCAGUCACCUUCACUCUCCCGUUGUGUUUUGUCACAACGACCUGCUACUAGGAAACAUCAUCCGCACGCCGAGCUCAGUCAGCUUCAUAGACUACGAGUACGCAGCGUACAACUACCAGGCUUUCGACAUCGGCAACCACUUUGACGAGUUCGCUGGGGUGAGUGAUGUGGAUUUCUCCCGAUAUCCAGAACCCCAGCUGCAGCAAGCCUGGCUGCAGGUUUACUUAGAGGAAUUCCUCGGUCGCUUUCCGAACGAUUCGGAAGUCACUACACUCUACGAACAAGUCAACAAGUUUGCCCUGGCCGCUCACUUCAUCUGGGGCAUCUGGGCUUUAGUGCAAGCGCAGCACUCAAACAUCGAUUUUGACUUUGUACAGUAUGCGGCUUUGCGGCUGGGUGAAUAUUUCAAAAACAAGAGUUUGUUACUUUCAGAACACGAGUCCAGUUGAUAGUCAUCGUUACAUUUACACUGGAUUUUAGUGCUCAAACCCAUCAACGGCGUUGAAGUAGUGAUCAAAUCUGUCAACGAGACGAAACUGAAGUUAAAUGCCCAAAACUUGUGGUGCCAAAUAUAUUAUAAACAUUACCAGUGUCGUAUAUCAUUAAGCAUCGAUUGUCUAUGAAAUCUCACGGUUUCUGAUCUUUUUGUAACUGUACUAUUAUUGAAUAUUUUAUUUUGUGAUAUUUGUACUUGUGCGAUGAUUUUUUGCAAUAUUUAAUUUGUAUAUUUUGGCGUAUUAUAGAAUUUUGCAUUGUCUGAAGUGAUUUUGAUGUGAUUUUUUGUUUCUAUAUCAAAUCACGUUUAACUAGUUUAUCUUAAAAAAAGUUACCAUUGUGGUAGGGAGAAGUCACAAAGAUCGUGGAAUAUAAAUUUUAUGUCAGUGUUUUUAUAAAAAAUAUUGUUCACCUUGUGUGAUUCUUUAGAAGAAUUUAUAGUUGGAUUUAAAUCUUUCAAGGUGAAAGCUCACAGAAAGAUUGUUUUUUGUAGCAUUUGAUGCUAGUCAUGGUCGGUAAUGUUUGGAAAAAGUAUAACUAGGCACGCCACCGUCCUGCCAUCACACAUGCUUUAUGAAAUCUUGUAUUACUUAGUUAAGGCAACCAAAUCAGUUUCAUCACACACAUUCCGUUAUGAAAAUUACUAAGAUAAUUGUUUGAUGAAAAUUGCAACAGCUGUUUUUAUUCAUCUAUAAAUUAAAUAGAAAUUUGGAAACAUUGCUUAAUCUUUCUACAGACCAUUUGUAUGCAGUAACUUAUACACAUACUCCCUUAGUAGAUUUCUCAUCCUUAUGGAACAGCUGAAGACAAUUUGAUUGUUAAUUCUGUACGGUUUUUGUAGAUGUCGUGUUUUGUUUACAAUUUUUUUCCCAUUAUUACAGCCAUUUAAAACCUCGUUUAACCAAAUAAUACGAUCUAAUCAUAAACAAUAACUUGUCCCCUAGUUAUAUAACCAAACAGUAAAGCACAAAUCAAGAAAUUAACCCUAAAAUAAUAGAAACAAAGUUUUGUCGACACUAGCGCCCAUGUGUCACGUACAUGAACUAGACACGAAAAACGUGCUUCAAAAUUUACAAUGGGAUGAGAAGUCUACUUGUGUUGGUUAGUCUAUGCUUAUACUAUAGUUUUCUCUUUGUUUUUCUAUUUGAAUUUAUUGAUUCCAGUGUAAUAUAGUUUUAAGGUUAUUUAUGCAUUUAUUUAACAAACAAGACUACUUAUUUUGUUCCAUAAAUAUUUUGUUGUUAAUAAAAUUUUAUCCAUA